AUGACAAGACCCCUGGCUGCUAAAAAUAGGGAGUGCAGGGAGCAGAUGUCAAAUGAAUUUCAUAUCGAGAAACAGGUGAUGCCGAUAUCACUCAAUUGUCUCUGCAGAUUCAUCAUAUACUUGGUGGUCUACGGAACUGCUAUGUGCAUCACAUACAUGAUAUUCUAG